AUGCUAUCCCUCCCCCUCCUCCCCCUCCUAUCCAUCCCACUGGUAUCAGGAGCACUGGUAUCAGGAGCACUAACCCACAAAGGCGCAGACCUCUCCUCCCUCCUAACGCUCGAAAAAUCCGGCCAAACAUACAAGAAUCUAGCCGGAGAGCCCCAAGCGCUGGAAACCAUCCUCGCAGACAACGGCGCCAACUCCGUCCGGCAGCGCAUAUGGGUGAACCCUGCCGAUGGGGUCUACGAUCUGGAGUAUAAUGUUGAGCUCGCGAAGAGGGUGCAGGGUGCGGGGAUGAGUGUCUAUUUGGAUUUGCAUUAUAGUGAUACUUGGGCGGAUCCGGAGAAUCAGGAUACACCAGCAGGCUGGCCCACAGAUGACAUCGAAGCCCUGACCUGGCAAGUCUACAACUACACCACAGAAGUAUGCAACACCUUCGCGACCAACAACAUCGACGUAUCCAUCAUCUCCAUCGGGAACGAGAUCCGCAACGGCCUGCUCUGGCCGCUCGGCACGACGGACCAGCCGGGGAAUAUCGCGCGCAUCUUGCACUCUGGUGCUUGGGGGGUUAAGGACUCGGACCUCGCUUCUGGGUCUUCACCGCCGCAGAUAAUGAUCCAUCUCGAUAAUGGGUGGGAUUGGGCUGCGCAGGAGUGGUUCUACGAUGCGAUCCUCAACGCGGACACGGAGUUUAAGGAGGCGGAUUUCGACCUGAUAGGUGUAUCUUUCUACCCGUUCUACAACGAGGACGCGACUCUCUCCUCCCUGGAGGAUAGUCUCACGCAACUACGACAGAAGUACGCUAAGGAUGUCGUGGUGGUCGAAACAGACUGGCCCGUGUCGUGUCCGUCGCCGGAGAUAGCCUUCCCGGCUGAUCUGGCGGAUAUCGAGUUCUCGAGUGAGGGACAGACGGCGUUUAUGGAGAAGUUGGCGGGCGUGGUUGCGGGUGCUGGGGGUGUUGGGGUGUAUUAUUGGGAGCCGGGGUGGGUGGGGAAUGGGGGGUUGGGGUCGAGUUGUGAGGAUAAUCUGAUGGUGGAGUGGGAUGGUGGGGGGGUUAGGGGGAGUUAUUACGUGGUAGGAUAG